AUGGUGACUUCUAUUACUUCAGAAACAGAAUUUGACGCCUUAAAAUCAAAUGGGUUGUCGGUUAUUCAUUUCUAUGCCGAUUGGUCAGAACCAUGCCAGCACAUGAACAACAUUCUUGCUGAUUUAGUUUUAGAAGACGAGUUCCGGAACAUUAAAAUUGCUAAGUGUUUAGCUGAGGAUUUUGCUGAAAUAUCUUUGAAAUAUAAUGUGUCUGCUGUACCAAAAUUUAUACUGUUUCGUAAUGGUGUUCAAGUUGAUGUAUUAGAUGGUGCGGAUCCAAUACAGCUAAAUAAAAAAAUCCAAGCACUGCUAACUAAAGGUGACAAAACAGAUCAAAAGGUGGAAGACAUAAGUUUGAGACUGAAGUCAUUAAUAAAUUCUGCUCCCGUCUUGCUUUUUAUGAAAGGAUCAAAGUCUGAGCCAAAAUGUAAGUUCAGUACAGCAAUUGUAAAUUUACUUAAAGAAACUGGUGCCGAAUUCAGUACAUUUGAUAUACUGAAAGAUCAAGUUGUUCGAGAAAAAUUAAAAACAUAUUCCAAUUGGCCGACAUAUCCUCAGCUUUAUAUCAAUGGUGAAUUAAUUGGAGGAUUAGAUAUUGUAAAGGAAUUGAUAGAGAAUGGUGAGCUAAAUGAUCUAUUAAAACUAAAUAACAGUAAACCCAACCUCAAUGACAGGCUUAAAGCACUUACACAUAAAUCUGAUGUUAUGGCAUUUAUUAAAGGUAAUAAACAAGUUGCUCGCUGUGGAUUUAGCAAUCAGUUGAUCAAAAUAUUAAACCAAACAGGUAUUGAUUAUGAAACGUUUGACAUUUUGUCUGAUGAAGAAGUUCGACAAGGAUUAAAAGUUUAUUCUGAUUGGCCAACAUACCCACAAGUUUACGUAAAAGGAUCAUUGAUUGGAGGUUUGGAUAUAAUUAAAGAACUGGAAGAAGCUGGAGAGUUGAUUUCUACUCUGAAGGGUACUCCCACUUUCGUAUAG